AAGCAGCGCGCAACACUCUCCUAAAAAUAAGCACGUCAAGGAUCUGGCACAGCUUCGCGACUUGCUUCAUCUGUACGUAGUUUUGCAUCAAAAUCAAAGCACGCCCGUGAAAAUCAACACGAUGCCCACACCUUCUCAGAAGACGUCGAGCACCGUUGGGCGGGGCAAAAAACAGCCGUCCUCCACAGCGUUGGCGGUGGUCACGGCGACGGGUUGCUUUUAUUUUUCGGUGCAAGUCCUUCUCAACUACAUGCCGCACGUCGUGGAGGGUGCGCAGUUAGGGAAGACCAACAAGAAGAGCCUGCUGGCGAUGAACAAGCAAGGCGUCGCGCAAAAAUCGCGGGAGGCGAAGAAGACCCAGAAGACUAAAAAGAAUCUCCGCGCGCAGACGAGCAAGGAAACGCUGCGUCCGAUCUCGAGCGGGAGCGUGCCCGCCGCGGCCACCUGGACGAAUCUGAUCACGACCGCGACCGCGGCCCCCUUGACGAAUAUAUGCAUGAAUGCGAAAAGAGGAUGACCCCAUUGAGUACUACGAAAGAAAUUUUGAAUCAAAAUGCAGCAUUUAUUUUCACACUUUCACUCAUUUACUUAAGCUACGAAUGCCACACGACCGUCAUGAUUGUCCUGAAGAACCGCCCGUGCAGGGGGUGUCUCGUGAAAGUAGCACCUACGCGACUAUGCUCGCAUGAAGAAGUUCUGGA